AUUCAUAGCAUCGCAAAUCAUCAAGCCUUGUCGAUGCAAAUGUUAACAUCAGACAAACACAACUUCAUAGUCGUCCAACAUGCUACUCGAUGAAGACCCAGCUACUCUCGUGCGGGCGACCGUCACCAACUUCAACAUUGCUCCUGAUAAAGCUGCGCUCUCACGCGUCAACGACUCCCUCUCAACCCUUCAGCAAUCCCGCGACCUGCGAACCCGCGAUGCAGAGACGACACUUCGCAAACUGAGCCGCCAGCUCGCCACUUUAUCAUCGCAACACAGAGAAACUAUCGCUAGUCACGAUGGUGGACGCCACACGAGUGAAAUCGUUCAACUCGACACACGCAAAUUCCGCAUCGCCAAACAAGCUUCAGAACUUGAGGCCGAGAAUGAGAGAUUAGAGGCCGAGCUAGAAAGACUGAAGAAUCGACUGGCAGAUCUCGAGGAACAAGGUGUCGAGGGAGAUGAAAAUGCGCGAAGGACAAGAGAAGCAGAUGAUCCAACAAUAUUACGACUUUGGCUAUAUCGCUCACUCGGUAUCACUUUGGAGCAGGACCAGGCAGGUAACUACACAAAGGCUAUCAUUGGGAAUCCCAACAAGGGCGAUGUCCAUCUCGUCAACAUUGACCCAAAACUCGCAAAGUCAUUCUAUGCCGACUACUUUUGGCAGACGAUCAAGGGUUGAAUUCGACCUCGCGACACCUGAUGAAUGCUGACGAGACAUGUAAUGCGUACUAGCGAGGAGUCCGGCGUUUUGAGUAUUAUUGGAUAUCCCCAUUGUUAGAAUCGGAAUAUUAUGAAAUCGCC